UCCCUCGCGCGCCGACGAUGUCGCGCGCGAUCGCGAUCGCGAUCGCGCGACGCGCGACGCGCGAACGCGCGCCGUGGACGCGCGUCGCGCGGCGCGCGCUGCACGUGCACGAGUACCAAGGCGCGGAAAUCAUGAAGAAGUUUGGCGUGCGCGUGCCGAUCGGCGCGGCGUGCGGGACGCUGGACGAGGUCGACGACGCCGCGCGCGCGAUGCGCGGAGACGAGGUGGUGGUGAAGUCGCAGAUCCUCGCCGGUGGGCGCGGACUCGGGACGUUCGCGAGCGGGUUCGAGGGAGGGGUGCACGCGGUGGCGAAGACGCGCGCGCGAGAGACGGCGGCGAAGAUGCUGGGGGGGACGUUGGUGACGAAACAGAGCGGACCGGCGGGGAAACCGGUGAACGUGGUGUACGUGGCGGAGAAAAUGACGCUGACGCGGGAGAUGUACUUCGCGAUCACGCUCGAUAGGGCGAGCGCGGGACCGUUGGUGAUCGCGAGCGCGGAGGGCGGCACGUCGAUCGAGGACUUGGCGCAGAGUCAUCCGGAGAAGAUUAUUAAGAUGCGGUUGGACAUCGAGCGCGGGAUGACGAAGACGCAGGCGGACGAGCUGGUGAAACGACUCGGAAUUUUGAAACACGUCGAUGAGGCGGCGAAACAACUCAUGGGGUUGUACGAAACGUUCUCCAAGACCGACUGCACGAUGAUCGAGGUGAAUCCGCUCGCGGAGGAUCAAGACGGACGCGUCGUCGCCGCGGACGCCAAGUUAAACUUCGACGACAACGCCGAAUAUCGACAGAGCGAGUUGUUCUCCCUUCGCGAUACAUCGCAGGAAGAUCCGCGCGAGGUGCAGGCGAGCAAAUUCGACUUGAACUACAUCGGAUUGGACGGCAACAUCGGAUGCAUGGUGAACGGAGCGGGUUUGGCCAUGGCGACCAUGGACAUCAUCCAACUCUACGGAGGUUCGCCCGCGAAUUUCCUCGACGUCGGCGGGAACGCGAGCGAAGAGCAAGUCGUCGAAGCUUUCAAGAUUUUGACCGCCGACCCGAAAGUUCAAGCCAUCUUGGUGAACAUUUUCGGCGGCAUCAUGAAGUGCGACGUCAUCGCCGCCGGCAUCGUCGCCGCGGCCAAGCAAGUCGAUCUCAAAGUCCCGCUCAUCGUGCGAUUAGAGGGAACGAACGUCGAGGCUGGGAACAAGAUUCUCAAGUCGUCCGGGAUGACCAUCGUCACCGCCGAAGACCUCGACGACGCCGCGCAAAAAGCGUGCGCCAGUCUCUCCGCGCGUUGA